AUGAUCUCCCACAACGAAGAAUUCGUCGGUGCCCUGGCCACCGAACAGUGGCACGUAGUGGACGGACGGGUUACCCACCGCGGCCACUCGGCCGUCACGCUGGACCGGCUUGAGGAUGCGAGCCAGCCUGCAAGCGUGGUGCCUAGUGGUAUGAACAGUCCUGUGCCUAGCUCCAGUGCCGUCAGCAGCGCGGUGAACAGCGGGGCCGAGGAUAACGGUAGACCCGCGGUCACGGAGGAGAGCAUGAAGUUCAAGGCGAAAAAGAAGAAGAAGACGAAGCGUGAGCUGAAGGAACGGGAGGUCAGGCGGAGGUUGAGGCAUAUCGAGUGGUUGAAUAGUCCCAAGGGCACGCCGCGGCCGCCGGAUACGGAUGAUGAGGCUGAGUGA